UGCGGCAUACAACUAACUUUCUUCAUCAGAAGAAAAAACGAAAGCAGAGCAACAAUGAAACGAGCGGAGAUGUAUGGCGGCAUCCCUUACCUUCCAGAAGAAAUCCUCACAAACAUUCUGAAGCGGCUUCCAGUGAAAUCUCUGGUCCGAUUCCGAUGCGUGUCCCGUUUAUGGAAGAAUCACAUCAACGCCCCUUCCUUCAUCAUCGACCAUCUCAGCUAUUCCAACCAUCAAACCCCUUCUCUGAUUACUGACUUCGAAGGCACUUCGAAUUUACAUUCGCUCGAUCUGGACAUGGAACUCCGCGGGGUUCUGGACGGACAUCCGACCGGUUCCAUCAGGCCCGAUAGGAUUGUCGGCUGCUGCCACGGCUUGCUCUGUGUUCAAACCAGUCAGCUUCAAGCCGUCCCUCUGACCCUUUCAAUGUGGAAUCCUGCGAUUCGAGGGGUGAUGCCGGUUCCCAGAAGUAGAACACAGAGUCGUGUUAUAGAUUAUAAGGUGGGAUUUGGAUUCAGUCCAUCUCUUGAUGAUUACAAGAUUGUGAUAAUCUAUACGGGGAGCGAUCAUGUGAGCCUUGUGGUUAGUGGAGUUGAAGUUUAUUCAUUAGCUACAAAUUCAUGGAAGGAUAUAGAAUUCGACAUUUUAGACCGCAGAUGCUUAAUCAAAGAAAGCCUCAAUUUUAAUGGAUCCAUCUUUUGGUUAGCAACCAAUCUUUUGGAAUUUGAGGAGGACGAGGGAUGGACAAUAAAUACACCUCUUGCCUUAGUUUCGUUUGAUAUAGCAUCGGAGGAGUUCAAAUUGAUGCCAACACCUCCUUUAUUCGAGGGAGUAGCUAAGUUGGCUGUGUAUGAGAAGAGACUUGCCCUACUACAUUCCACUUUUGAUCCAAACUCAAGCAAUUCUGUUAUUGAUUUGUGGGUGAUUGAGGAAGGCAUUGGCGUCUCUUGGAGUAAGAAGUUUACCUUUGGCCCUUAUCCAUACUAUUUACAACCAUUGACCAUUUGUAGGAAUCAAAUUGUAGGCGCUGUUUCUUACUUUGAAAAGGUUCAAUGUAUGGAGGAGGAGGAGGAGGAGGAGGAGGGGGUGAUAAAGGUGAAGAAGGCUAAAACCGAUGAUAUUUAUUUGAUUAACCUCACUUCUAAUGAAUUUAAGGUCAUUGCUGGUAGUAGAUAUGGCUAUACUGGUCGUUGUUUUGAAUAUGUUGAAAGUCUUUUGUCCCCGAGCUAUAUCCAGCUUGGGAACGCUUAAUUAUAAUGCCCUAUGGAUUAGAAGACAGUUGAGAUAUUAAACAUUUUGAUGUUCAGAUCAUGUUUGUUCAUUGUUUAUUCAUUAAAUAAAUGUGUAUGAGCUGAGCAUUUUGAAGUGUCGAGGUUUGUUCGUUUAUUGUUUGUUCAUCAACAAUCUCGUUUAACUUUAUAUGGCAGCAGAUACCUUUUUAGCUUCUA